AGAAAAAUCCUUCAAAACCUCAUGAGGCUCCAACAGAAACUACGUUCCACAACCCUAACGUGGACUCCAUCAAAACCAGAGACAAAAUCCAUCUCCCUUUCACUCUCUUCAGACAUUCAAAACCACACACCAAACCAGUCACCAUGCACCCUCGUCAUCUCCAGUCUCCACCACCCAUCUCUCUCCCCACCUUAUAUCAUCUUCUCCUCUCUCCUUCUCCCACUACUCUCUGGACUAUAGAGAUAACAAAACAAAGAGAAGCAAAUGGACAACAUAUGGUCAUGGCUAACAAACCUACCAUUCUCCACUGACUGGCCACCAUCCGAACCAUCUCUCACACUCACCCUUGCAAACUCCUCAACCAAGUCCAUCCUUCUCAAAGCUGACCGCACCGCCGGCUCCAACACUGAAACUCUUGUCACCUUCUCCAUCAUCCUCCACGGCUUCCACCCCUCAAACCCUAACAAAACUCUCUGGCUCUCCAACCCUUGUCCUCUCUCCGCCCCCAUCCCCCCUCUCCUCCUCCAACUCCUCAAAGAAGUCAUCUUUCUAUCACCUUCACCUCCCCUCCCUUCUCCUCCAAACCUCCACCACCAAACCAUCUCCUCAGCUCUGUCCAUCCCCAACGAAGCUCCAGCCUUUCUCAACCUUAUCCUUCUUUGCCGCCUUUUCUGGCUCUGCGCGCGCGACGCCCCGGCAGAAGCCGGCUUCCUUCUUUUCCAAAACCUCGACGCACUCACUCUCGACGCGGCGCUUGCAUGCAAGCAAGCCGCCGGUGCUUUCCUCUCAGCUCUCGGCCCGGACUGGGAGCUCCGCUUCAUGCGCUCUCUCGGGUACGUGCUUGCCAAGUGGCUAGUCCUCCUUGAGCUCCAACGCGGCGGAGCGCCCCCGCUUCCUCGCCACCUCCGGGGCCUCUCCUACGCCGCCGACUCCCACGGCCUUCUGGUUCUCAAAGCCUACGUGCCAGUCUCCGCCAUGCAAAGGCUCGGCAGUGCCGUCCAUGCCGAGGAUUCCGCUAUCCGCUACACCCUGGCCCACCAACAACUGGAAGCUGUCGUCCAAUUGGAAUACGCCAUCUGUACGCGGGACCCACGGUUUAUCAGGAUUGAGGUACGUGUCGAUAAUAUAAGAGUCCACGUAGUUAGGUUAGGGUAUAAGGAGGACGAUGACGUGGAGAUUGAGGCCCGGCAUGUGCCGACACGGGUUAGAGUGUUGGUGGGCCCGGAGCUUGGGUUGGGUUAUGUUACUGGGCCGAGUUUGGGACGGUCCACCAGUAAUGAGGAGAGAGAGAUCCAGUCGACUCGAACAGCGAAGGGCCGGGUUGGGAAAGGUGGGCCGGAGCUACGAGUCAAGGCCCGCACGUGCGAGCGGGAGCGUGUGAGGAGGUGGAAGUGGGAGCAGGAAGCGGAUGGGUGCGCCGGGGUGUACGAGGGGGUGGCGUGCGACAGGGAUGACGUGGCGUGUAUUGGUGGGUCCCGGAAGGGGUUGGUUGUGGGGAGAGAUGAGGUGGCGGAAGGGGUGACUUGGCGGGUCGGGAGGGAGAUGGAGGGCAGGGUGAUGACGUGGCGGGUUGGGUUAAAAAUUUGUGUGAGUUAUUUUGGUGGGAAGAGGAAUAAUCAUAAAGGUGUAUGUUUUGAGAGUAGGUUUGGUGAGUGGAUGGAGGAGGUAGAGUUGGCUCUUGUUCCAACUGUAAACUAACUCAGUUUCUUUUUUAUUUAAAAUUAUAUAUAUAUAUGUCCAUAUAUGUAUCCUUGAUGCAUUAUUUGUAUAGAGUAAAAGUAGUACAUCUUGGAUUUAUUUAUUUUUUACAAUGUAGAUAAACCACCACAUCAACCUAUCUUGUUUAUACUUGAGAGUUGAGCCAUAUAAAACGUAAGAGUUAAACCCUCAA